CACAAAUCACAACCCUUUCUUUCUCUCUCUCUCUCUCUGUCACUGUCCCUCUCACAUUCACAUCGAGUUUGACCUAUUGCCACCCACCGGCUCUUCUUUUAUCUCUUCUAUUCCAAUGGCGACCCCACCCUUCUCCUCUCUCUGCUCUCGGAUCUUCAUCUUCUAAACCCCUCUUUUUUUUCUUCUUCUUUUUUUUCCUCACCACAAACAACUUAAACAACCUUUUUUCUCUCCAUUCAUUUCCUUCUUUUUCUUCCUUCCCUCUCAAACCCUAAAUCACUCCCCCACCCACUUAUAUAUAUAUACAUAUAUGCAUCAUAAUUAACAUCUUUCCUUUUUACCUUUUUCCAGAAGCCCCUUUCCCAAUUGGAUUUCGAUCGUGAAAACCAACACUCUUUUCUAACUAGUUACUAUUUCAAUUCCCUUCCUUCUACUAUCCAUACCACCUUAUUUCCUUUUUUACUUAAGCAAUGGAUUCUGGAAACAGUGGAAGCAUCUCCUCCAGCGAUGAAGAAUACGAUUCAUCACAGGCUGAUCCAUCGUUCCUCAACCAUUUCGGCUCCAUCUCCCACCCCCAACCAUUACCAACCCUCGUUCCUUCCCACCCCUCAAUGUUUGAUCUUUCCUCAACCUACCUCCAUCAUCAUUCCUUGCUAAACUUGGACUCUCAAGGCCCAAGAUCUGAAGUACCCAAUUGCACCAACCCUCAAGCCCUACUACCAUCCGCAACACCAACACACGACAACAUUAAUGCUAUACACCAACUUUCAUCACCGCCAAACAACAACAACCUCGUACGCAACACAAAGAAACGAAGCAGGGCUUCAAGGAGAGCACCCACCACCGUUCUCACCACCGACACCACCAAUUUCAGAUCCAUGGUUCAAGAGUUCACCGGAAUCCCUGCGCCUCCCUUCUCACCCUCCUUCUCUCGCCGCCUACCUCUUCGCCCAAACCCUUUCCUUUCAACUCCCUCAAGAACCUUGUUACACAACAACAAUAACAACACCAUCAACGUUUCUCUUUCUCCUAAUAAUAAUAAUUCUUCCAUUAACUACCAACUACUUCCUGAUCUAUCUUUACCCUAUCAUCAGCCCCCACAGAAUAAUUUCAUGCAGAAUCACCCUAUCGGUAUUCCAGCGUUUCACCCCUCUCCUCCUCUUCACUCUCUUGUCCCUGCAGGGUUUGGUGAUUUGAACCAAAGCCAAGUGAGUGCGCACGUGGUGGGUGCUAACGAACACGUGGGUUCUGAGGGCAUGCUUCUGAGGAGUGGCGGUGAUGACGGAGGAGGGAGAAGAGACCCGUAUAAUUAUGGUAGCUGUAAGCUAAACAUCUCGGUUUCUGCGUUGAGCAGCUUGAACAAUGAGAAGAACAACGUUAACUUGGAGAAUGGUAAUUCCCCUAGGGAAGGUGCCGUGGAGGCGUGGAUUUGUUCUUCUCAUCAAUAGGGUUCGUCGCGUGUCAGAGACUAAACAGUAUAGUACUCAACUUCUGAAUCAUUGCGAGGUUGAAUUUCAUAUACUGCAAUGAAUUAAGAGCUAGCGUCAUCAUCAUGAUGUUGAUCAUAGUGGUCUAGUUUUGGUGGUUAGCAUUUGCAGCUAUCAUUUUUUUUUUCUUUUCAUUUGUUUUUAAUUUUAAAAUUUUUAUAAUGUUAAAAUUAUAAGCAGCAAGAGUGAAAUUUAUUUAAUUAUAUAGUGUAUACUCCUUUAAUUUGUACUUGA